AUGUCCGCACUAUACCAAUACCAUAAUGCACCGGAAGUCGCGCCAGCACAUGGUCUUGAAUACGACGAUACUAUCUAUCCGACCUCAGACAAAUAUCCAGUAGUACGAGAAGCGCCGUCGUACGAUCCGAGCAACUACAAGGGCAAACAUGCCUUCGUCAACGACAACAAGCCCCCACGGAUUAUCUUUGGUAUGAAAGUGAGGACGUUCUUGCUGGUGGCAUUGGUAAUGGUCUUGAUCAUCGUUGGUGCGGCCGUGGGUGGUGCUGUGGGCGGCAAAAGUAUGCGAGAGAGCCAGACUCAGGAUGGAACAAUACCUUAUGCCGGACUAUCGAAUACAACAUCCACAGCCGCGAGCGCAACAUCGCCAGCUCAAGCGACCUUUGCAGCACCAACACCCACAUUCUCUCCUCUAGCAACUUGCGCAGACAAUACGACAUAUACCUCGACAUACUCAAAAGGCGCUUCUGGUUCUCUACCUGCCAACGCCGGCCUGAACUUCACCGUCUACUGCAAUCUCACCAACCCUCUCCUCAAACCGACCUCGCAGACUUUGGCAGUCGCAUACACGUACAGCCUGAGUGAUUGCGUGGAAGUGUGCGCAGGGUACAACUACUACGCCAACAGCGGGAACUGCACGGUAGCAGCUUACCAACCUACUGGCAACAGACCAAGCAAUUGUUGGAUUGGAUACACGACUGGAGGACUACAAGUCAGUUCAUUGAAGGAAAGUGACGGGAUGGAUAUCGCGGUCUUGGAUGCCACGUCAUGA